UUGAAAAAUCCCACAGAUAAUAACGUCAAUACAACCGCCGUCAAUCGCCACUUCAUCGAACCUCAUCACCAUCGUCAGCAACAAUGUUCCACCCCCAACCAAGACACUUCGCUACAUCAAGACACAGUUGGCAAGAAGCCACGAAAGGCAAGAACUGCAUUUACUGAUUCACAAUUGAGCGAAUUGGAGAGGAAUUUUGAAUCGCAAAAGUACCUUAGUGUGCAGGAUCGAAUCCAAUUAGCCAAUCGAUUGAAGUUGAAUGACACUCAAGUGAAGACCUGGUAUCAAAACAGAAGGACAAAAUGGAAGCGACAGACUGCAGUCGGUUUAGAACUUCUUGCAGAAACAGGGAAUUUCAUGGCUGUUAAACAAAUCCUCCAGACCAAUCCCUAUUGGGCCUUUCAUCCAGCAACUGAAUCUAUUCUUGCCAACAUGGAAGCCAUUGCUAAGCAACAGGCUUCUCAAGCUAAUGAAAGUACUCCCUCAGUCACUUCUCCCAUAACGAAUCAUAGCCCAUCAGUACCUAUUGGUGAUCCGCUCUCUCAAAACUAUGAAAACAACUCAAAGUCUGGAGAUUAUAAAAUCUCACUACAGGCCGAUGAUGCUCUGCGCCAGUUCAUUCAAUCAUUGCUAGCCUCUCCAAACACCAAUCUGCUUGCAAUGCCACAACUCGCCCUCAGUCAAUGGCCUGGACCAAUAAUGACGUCUUCAUCUCAGAGUUUCCCGUAUUAA